CGAGGGGGAGGGCUGCUGCCUCCGCAGGAAGGCGCUCCGGAAAGCGUAAGGCCGGCGAGCAGCCGUCCCUGUCGUACCUCGUGUCUCAACGACGAGCAAAUAAUUCCUGUCCGUCAUCGAAACGGCCCUGUUCCCUGAGAAGGCAGCACUGAAGAAAGUUGCCUUCGCGUUUUAUUUUAGGCUCUGCUUUCAGCAGACUGACGUAGAAAAAAUUAUCGUCUGUAGAUGUAAAACAACUGCUGGGGGAUGGGGGGGGGAUCAGAAAAAUGUCUGAAUCUUGACGUGUGAGCUGAGAAAGUUUUUGUCACUUUCUCAGCUGAGCAAAAUAGCAGACUAGUACCUGUGAGUAAGUCUGGGUUUCCGAAUGCCAUUGCAGCUAACAGAAUGAGCAGGACGUGCCUCCUGGCUGCUUUUUCCAUCUCUACAGCGCGACGUACAGCGUGAGACCUGUGGUCUUGAGUGUUGGUCCAGUAUUCCUAGAUAACUAAAAUGUUCAAAUCAAUUUUUUUUAAGUAAAACUUUUAUGUUUGGACAGGUUUAUUGUUUUGGACACAGCAUGUAAGUUAAGCUGUUUAUAUAGACGUAUUUCUAACAGGUAAGUGUACUGUCCCUCCUGAGUUUGGACAGAUUGAGGCAAACAGGAUUUGGCUGAACCAAAUGUAUUUUUUACUCACAACGCUUGGAUGAUUUCCUUUAUCUUUUUGCUAUAAAAAUAUUACAAAAUACAGAAUGACACAGUUAAAAGAGCUAGACUUAACACCACUGAUCUGCAUGACACUUAAACCAAAAAAAAUCCCGAGGCAGAGGAUUGCUGUGCGGGUUCUAAUCGUGCACGAAAGACAGAUGAACAAAGAACCAGGUUCCAGCUGCCGAGUACAAUAUAUGUUAAAACUCUGAUUUCUUUGGCAAUUGAGCACUCCAGGCUAGCUGAGUUGUUUUGUCCUGAAAUACCUUAGCCCAACUAUGUUAACUCUUGCAUGUAGCCAGGAGCUUUGGUAUCAUAGGUGGAAAUAUUUCAUAAAGAGUUUUUUUGUUUGUUUGUUUUUGUUGAGAUUAUGAAACUCUGAUUUUAAGACUUUUCCCACCUUUUGAACCACUCAGAAUUAAGUUUUUACUUCACCUCUACUUCAGGGUGAUUUUUGCGUGUAUGUGAACACUAUGGUGGGGUUUUUUGGGUUUUUUUUUGUUUUUUUAAAAAAGUGUUAUGCCCGGGCUACUCUUUCCUACUUUCUGUCCAGUUUCAAAAACUUGUUUUUUUGCUUAUCUUUUUGCUUCCAUAAAAAGUUGCAGAAGAAAGCAGUUUAGCUGCUUGGGAAAACUUCUAAUGGCAUGUGAUGGAUGUUUGUGAAAAAUUGAAAGAUUCUAGAUUUCAUCCUUCCUGAUGAAAGCAUGGUAAGGAGGGGCCACUGUAAAGACAAAAGUCAUGGGGUGUUAAAGAACCUCCUGCAACACCAAAGUCAAUCCCUAUUAUAGAUGAGCAAGUUACAUAAUCCCUUUCACAUGCUGGUGAAAAUUCAAGCAAGAUGGGUUAUUAAAAGGAGUCAGAAAUUAACAAAUUGAUCUUUAAAACCUAGUCUUAAUUUUUGUGAGGCACAGAAAUAACAUGGUGAUGCUGCUAAAUUUGUUUUGAGCUUGGAGGAUAUACUGGCAUGCAUUGGGCCACACCUGGGAAAAGGGAGGUAAAAAGAAGCAAGACUAAGCAUGCAUUUCUUGGAAAAUGGGCACCUACAGCACCUGUGGCCAGGAACCUUGCCCCUGCAGGCACCAGACAGGCCUGGAUGAAGAAAGACCAGGUUGACACUCAAAAGCAAUUUGUCUUUGAAAAGCCAUCAGAGGUGGAACGCAAAAUUCCUGAUGCAGGUGUGAUAGACAAAACUGGUGUGUACGAGCUGAGCAGGCUACCAACAGGCAUUUCUAAGAUUCAUUUGAUUCCUGACUUUAUUGACUCAGAACAAGCAGACUGGAUAUUUGAACAACUCCUCCAAGACAUACCCUGGGGUCAGAGAACUCACGUCAGACAGGAGGUAUCCUUUGAGGAGCCAAGACUUACCUCCUGGUAUGGGGAACUUCCUUACACAUACUCCAGGUUGACAAUGCAGCCAAACCCUAAUUGGCAUCCUCUGCUGACUAUGCUAAAGGAGCGCAUUGAAGAGUUCACCGGCUAUACCUUCAACUCUCUGCUCUGCAACCUCUACCGAAACGAGAAGGAUAGUGUUGACUGGCACAGCGAUGAUGAACCAUCACUGGGAAAAAAUCCUGUCAUUGCCUCUCUCAGCUUUGGUGCUACCCGGACCUUUGAGAUGAGGAAGAAACCCUCCCCUGAAGAGAAUGGAGACUAUACUUAUGUGGAAAGACUACGAAUCCCACUAGAUCACGGGACUCUACUGAUGAUGGAAGGGGCUACCCAGGAAGACUGGCAGCAUCGAGUACCUAAGGAAUAUCAUUCCAGGGAUGCGCGGAUAAACUUGACAUUUAGGAUCAUUUAUCCAUAAUCUGAGGGAACUUGAAAUUGAAGAAGCACUUUUUAGUGCAUUAUUGGAUAUAAACCCACAACUGAUCCAGAGCCUCAGACUUGCUACAAAUUUAAAGGCAGCCUUACAGAAACAGAGUUCUGUCAAAUAUCUGAUGGAGAAAAGAAUGGAUGUCAUGAAGAUCUCUCACAACUGGAAACUUACUGUGUUAUAUGGACAGUGCUGUUUUGUCUUCAGAAAUGAUAUGGUAUUAGAUGAUGCUAAAUCACAGACUUUAAUUUUGAGAACAAAUAAUGAUCAAUCUUGCAAGAAUACAAAACACCUGAAUAUAAAGAUCUGAGAGAUACCAACUGGA